ACCACACUUCGUCUCUCUCUUCCUUCCUAAUCCUAUACUCUCGUCAACUGGCGGGUGCUUGAUCAGUGAAUAAAUAAAUAAACUAAUAUAGAUUUGGCCCUGUGCCGAGGUUCGACCCGCCACAAUGGCGCCUGUGAGAACCACAGGCGCGGUUGUCGCAGCAAUCUCAGUGACCAUGGCGUUGCUCUCUCUCUUCCUCUACAAGUCCAAGCCCUCCUCUAAAAAGCUACCCUCAAAGAAAAAUCCCAGAAAUGGCCUCCUUGGUGCCAUUGGAAACACCCCACUCAUUCGCAUCAACAGCCUCUCCGAGGCGACCGGUUGUGAAAUUCUUGGCAAGUGCGAAUUUUUGAACCCAGGAGGGAGUGUAAAAGACAGAGUUGCUGUGAAAAUCAUUGAAGAGGCUUUGGAAUCUGGAGACCUUGCUCCAGGUGGAGUAGUCACUGAGGGGAGUGUUGGAAGCACAGCUAUUAGCCUUGCUACUGUUGCUCCAGCUUAUGGUUGCAAAUGCCACGUGGUUAUACCUGAUGAUGUUGCUAUUGAGAAGUCUCAAAUACUUGAAGCCCUGGGAGCCACUGUAGAAAGGGUAAGGCCAGUGUCAAUCACACACAGAGACCACUUUGUCAAUGUUGCUAAGCGACGGGCAUCAGAAGCAAAUGAGUUUGCAUUAAAGCAUAGAAAAGAUGAUGCGAAUCAGAGGGGCGUUGCCAAUGGCACCACCGAGAAGACUAAUGGUUUCCAAUAUGAUGAAGAGAAACAAAGUUUGUUUUCAAGGAAUUGUACAGGUGGUUACUUUGCUGAUCAGUUUGAAAAUCUGGCAAACUUCCGGGCCCACUAUGAGGCUACUGGGCCUGAGAUUUGGGAACAGAGUGGAGGAAAUGUAGAUGUAUUUGUGGCGGGAGCAGGAACAGGUGGUACUCUGGCUGGUGUUUCUAAGUUUCUCCAGGAAAGGAAUUCAAACAUUAAGUGCUUCCUAAUAGAUCCUCCUGGUUCCGGUUUAUUCAAUAAAGUUACGAGGGGAGUGAUGUACACCAGAGAGGAGGCUGAAGGACAAAGGCUAAAGAAUCCGUUUGACACGAUAACUGAAGGAAUUGGAAUCAAUAGAAUAACAAAGAAUUUUAUGAUGGCAAAACUUGAUGGGGCUUUCCGAGGCACAGAUAAGGAGGCUGUUGAAAUGUCCAGGUUUCUUAUGAAGAAUGACGGGCUGUUUUUGGGGAGUUCUUCAGCCAUGAAUUGUAUUGGAGCAGUCCGAGCGGCACAGUCAAUUGGUCCUGGUCACACAAUUGUGACUAUUUUGUGCGAUAGUGGGAUGAGACAUCUGAGCAAAUUUUUCAGUGCUGAUUAUCUAUCUCAAUAUGGUUUGACACCUUCGGCUAGCGGAUUAGAGUUCCUGGGUGUUGGAUGAAAUAUGUACCCGCCAAGGGAUUCUCCGUUUUCCUCUACAUUCAUCCAAAGAUAGAACCAGUACUAAGUUAAUUUUUAGGGUUGGUUGCAUAGAUACAACCCUUUAUCCAUCUGAAGGUUCUGAAAUUUUGAAGAUAGUAGUUUCUGAAGCAGCAACAUUACAGCAGAAUUACCACUCAAUAGAUUUGUAUUACAUUUUCCUAAGACUACAUUAUUUUU